UCACGCGCUCACAUUGGAGACGCCAUUCUCUCUCUCUCUCUCUCUCUCUCUCUCUCUCUCUCUCUCUCUGACAGAACCGAGUGAGCUGCUGACAGGAAUUCCUCUGACAGACUGAAAUCACGUUCCACCAGUUAAUAUUCAUUCGAAAGCAUGGAUCCGAUAAACUGCUCCUUGGUGGAGCUGUCAGAUGAUGUGGAUGCUGGGAUCAGUGGCAGUAAAAUUGUCCUCUGCCUCAUGCUCUCUGUCCUAGCUGUGGCCACCACGGUCAUCAAUUCGCUGGUGAUAACAGCUAUUCUGGUCACUCGCAAGCUCCAUCAGCCAGCCAACUAUUUGAUUUGCUCGUUGGCCGUUACUGAUCUCCUGGUGGCCGCACUGGUAAUGCCAGUCAGCAUCGUCUACAUAGCGGAAGAGAAGUGGGUGCUGGGGCCUGCCAUGUGCCACCUGUGGCUGGGUGUGGACGUUACCUGCUGCACCUGCUCCAUCUUGCAUUUGGCCGCCAUAGCACACGACCGCUACCGUGCCAUCACUGACGCUGUGGCAUACUCACAGAAACGCACAUCUCAGAGAGCAGCUGUGACCAUAGUAGUGGUCUGGGUGAUUUCUGUACUUGUCUCGCUACCUCCUCUCAUGUGGAGGAAGAUGCCUGAAGAAAACGGGGAACAUGGAAUCUCGGAGUGCAUGAUGGAGCAUGACCACGUCGCCUUCACUGUCUACUCAACCUUCGGCGCCUUUUACAUCCCGCUCCUCCUCAUACUGGUGCUCUACUACAAGAUCUACCGGGCAGCACAGACACUGCGCAACCGGCGAGGCAGCAGCCGACUGGUGAAGCAGACGGUCAAUAGUGUCAUCGUGAGUUCAGACAGGGAAGCGCCACCACUCAGUCCAGACACACUCAGUCCCACCGAGAAGUCUUUUUCAGAGCCAUCGACAGAUGGAGAGCGUGUCAGGAUCACGCCCAGCACGGGUAGAGUGUUCAAGAACCGAAGGAAUCCCGCCGCCAGGGAGAGACGAGCGGCCCUCACUCUCGGCCUCAUUCUUGGGGCUUUUGUGAUCUGCUGGCUGCCUUUCUUUCUCAAAGAGGUCAUUGUGAACACAUGCCCUUCUUGCAGUACGUCAGCUCUGCUUGCAGACUUCCUUACCUGGCUGGGAUAUCUGAAUUCCCUCAUCAACCCACUUAUAUACACCAUAUUCAAUGAGGACUUUAAGAAAGCCUUUCAGAAACUCAUCCCUUUGUGUUGUACCCAGUACAGGUGAACUCUGCAAUUUUGGCCAUCAUGUCAAUGGAUGUUUUGGAGGAAUGUUAUCCAUUUGAGACUGGCAGCAGAAAUGUUUAUAAAGUCUUAUUUUGGAGACUGCUGAGAAGGGUAACAGACUUUGCACAGUUAAAAUAAGAAUCAUUAUGUAAUGAAGAGUAGAAAAAAAACAAAAAAACUUUAACUGCCAGAAAGUAUAAACCUUUCUUGGAGCAUUGAGCAGAACAAUUUGAAUAAGGGAAAAUUGCAGUCUCAAGAGUACACCAGUGACUGUAACAGCUGCCAUAAGUGUUUAAUAGAUGUCCCAAGAGACUCAAUGCCCAUUUCCAAGCUCACCUUUUAUAACUCAAAGUCUCAAUUUCAACCAGUUUUAUGAAGUUGACAUUCUGUCAUGACAUGUUCACUCUGCAAAUUUGUUUUCCAAGGCUAUGUGGAAUAUGCCAACAGGUUCACACUCAAACAUGUUAACCAAUGUAAUAUGUGCAUGACUUCCCAUUGUAUCAUAAUA